UAAACAUGAAAAUAUUUAUAUUGACUUUAGCUUGUUUAAUUUUUUAUACAGGGUGGUGUUCAGGUCUACCACAUAACCAUCAACAUCAUAAUCAUACUAAAAUUUCAAAUGUCACUGUUUAUAAAAUUAAAACACCUAAUAUUGUAGGAGGUAGAGAUGCUCAACCAGGUGAAAACCCCCACAUGUGCUCGCUACAAUAUCAAGGGAAUCACGUUUGUGGUGCAUCUAUAAUUAGUAGCCAGUACGCGGUAACAGCCGCCCAUUGUGUCAGCGGGCGCGCACCCGCCAAUUACAAACUUCGUUGUGGUACAUUAAAACACGCUGAGCCGGGUACUGAUUUUGAAAUUUCCGAUAACAUAGUCCACCCGGAAUACAAUUACGGUGCUCAAAAUAACAACGAUAUCGCCCUGAUCAAAGUUACUACCGAGAUACCACUUGGAACAAGUAUCAUUGAUAAAAUAGCCCUACCUGACCAGGAUUCAGACAUGGAGCCUGGUGCAAUGAUUACUGUCACGGGUUGGGGUUACCUCAUAGAUGUCAGUGGCGUAGACUCGGAUACUUUACAGACAGUGGACGUACCGGUAGUUUAUAGGGCUGACUGCGCUCAUGAUUACUCAAUGUAUGAUAUCACGGAAAAUAUGUCGUGUGCCGGGUAUGACCAGGGUGGUAUGGAUGCUUGUACGGAUGAUUCAGGUGGCCCGGCUAAAUACAAUGGGGUAUUAGUGGGUAUUGUAUCAUGGGGACUGGACUGUGCUAAACCACACCAACCUGGUGUGUAUACCAGGGAAAAGUUAAUAUUGGAAUUAAACGGGACUGUCUUAAUCGCCAAACCCGCCAAAGCCGCCAAAGCCGCUAAAGCCGCCAAA